AUUUUGGGAGUGCAAAAGUGUUGGUGAAAGGAGAACCCAAUGUUUCUUACAUCUGUUCAAGAUAUUAUCGAGCUCCAGAGCUCAUAUUUGGUGCCACUGAGUACACAACUGCUAUAGAUAUAUGGUCUACAGGCUGUGUGAUGGCUGAAUUACUUCUCGGACAGCCUUUGUUUCCUAGUGAAAGUGGUGUUGACCAACUGGUUGAGAUCAUUAAGGUUUUGGGAACUCCUACCAGGGAGGAGAUAAAGUGCAUGAAUCCAAAUUAUACAAAAUUUAAGUUCCCCCAGAUAAAGCCUCAUCCCUGGCACAAGGUCUUCCAAAAACGUUUAUCCCCAGAAGCGGUGGACCUUGUUUGUAGAUUUUUUCAGUACUCUCCCAAUUUGCGAUGCACCGCUUUGGAAGCCUGCAUUCACCCUUUCUUCGAUAAGCUGAGGGACCCAAACACACGCUUUCCUAAUGGCCGUCCUCUUCCUCCUCUAUUUAAUUUUAAAUCCCAGGAGCUCUCAGGCAUACCACCUGAUAUCAUCAAUAAACUAAUUCCAGAACACUCUCGGAAGCAGAAUUUGUUUAUGGCUUUGUACACGUAGCUACUGUUACCUGUCUUUCUCACUUCCGCUUGCCAUUUUCACUUUACAUACAGUCUUUUAUUGGCAUAUGCCAAAUCCCUCGCCCUUCUUAUUUAUGUGCCCUGUGAGAAAGUUGCAAAGGAGUUCCUAGGACAAUAUAGAAAACCUGAGGCUCUGAGUUUGGUUGCUGAUGGAG